CCUGUAUCCCUGGGAGUGCCAAAAGCUGGAGACAACCGGGCAGGGAGUGGCGGCAAAGUCACCCAACCAGACACCAGUCAGACUCACGACAUCGCCCGGAGAACCUCCCCUUGGCCAGAUGGGCACGCAGCAGUGGCCUAAGGAUGCUCCAGAGGCAUAUCUGAGCCGGCUCCAAGGCAGUGACUCAGACUGUCAGUGGGAGCCGGAGGACAUCGAGGCCUGACCUGCACCCUGCGCCCAGCAUGGAGACCCCCGGGCAGCGCCGGACCACCCGCAGCGGGACUGGCACCACGCCACUGUCACCCACCCGCAUCACACGGCUGCAGGAGAAAGAGGAUCUGCAGGAGCUGAAUGACCGCUUGGCCGUGUACAUCGACCGCGUGCGGUCCCUGGAGUCGGAGAACGCGGGGCUGCGGCUCCGCAUCACCGAGUCGGAGGAGGUGGUGAGCCGCGAAGUCUCGGGCAUCAAGGUGGCCUACGAGUCCGAGCUGGCUGAUGCCCGCAAGACCCUGGACUCGGUGGCCAAGGAGCGGGCGCGGCUGCAGCUGGAGCUGAGCAAAGUGCGGGAGGAGCACAAGGAGCUUAAGGCGCGCAAUGCCAAGAAGGAAUCGGACCUGCUGUCCGCCCAGUCCCGCCUCAAAGACCUGGAGGCCCUGCUCAACUCCAAGGAGGCCGCACUCACCACCGCCCUGGGUGAGAAGAGGAACCUGGAAAAUGAAGUCCGGGAGCUGAGGGCACAAGUAGCCAAGCUGGAAGCUUCCCUGAACGAGGCCAAGAAGCAGCUGCAGGACGAGAUGCUCCGUCGUGUGGACGCUGAGAACCGGCUGCAGACGCUCAAGGAGGAGCUGGAGUUCCAGAAGAACAUCUACAGCGAGGAGCUGCGGGAGACCAAGCGGCGCCAUGAGACACGUCUGGUGGAGAUCGACAACGGACGGCAGCGGGAAUUUGAGAGCAAGCUGUCCGAGGCGCUGCAUGACCUGCGGGCCCAGCACGAGGCCCAAAUCAACCUCUACAAGGAGGAGCUGGAGAAGACCUACAGCGCCAAGCUGGAGAAUGCCAAGCAGUCAGCAGAGAGGAACAGCAACAUGGUGGGCGCCGCCCAUGAGGAGCUGCAGCAAUGCCGCAUCCGCAUUGACAGCCUCUCGGCUCAGCUCAGCCAGCUCCAGAAACAGCUGGCAGCCAAGGAGGCUAAGCUCCAUGACUUGGAGGACGCGCUGACACGGGAGCGGGAUACCAGCCGCCGCAUCCUGGCCGACAAGGAGCGGGAGAUGGCUGACAUGCGGGCACGCAUGCAGCAGCAGCUGGAAGAGGACCAGGAGCUGCUGGACGAGUACCAGGAGCUGCUGGGCAUCAAACUGGCCCUGGACAUGGAGAUCCACGCCUACCGCAAGCUGCUGGAGGGCGAGGAGGAGAGGCUGCACUUGUCCCCCAGCCCCACAUCGCAGAAGAGCGGCUCACGCAGCCACGUGGUGCGCUCCUCCAUGCAGAGCUCCUCCAAGAAGCGCAAGCUGGAGGAUGGCGAGGGCCGCACCACCUUCUCGCACCAUGUGCGCACCAGCGGGCGCGUGGCCGUCGAGGAGGUUGACCUGGACGGCAAGUUCGUGCGGCUCAAGAACAAGUCCAGCGAGGAUCAGGCCCUCGGGAACUGGCAGAUUAAGCGCGUGAACGGAGAAGAUCCCGUCGUCUCCUACCGCUUCCCUCCCAAAUUUACCCUGAAGGCUGGCCAGGUGGUCACGAUCUGGGGUUCGGGGGCCGGUGCAACCCACAGCCCUCCCACGGACUUGGUGUGGAAGGCCCAGAGCUCAUGGGGCACCGGAGACAGCCUGCGGACUGCCCUGAUCAACUCCAACGGAGAGGAGGUGGCCAUGAGGAAGCUGGUCCGCACUGUGAUCAUCAACGACGAGGAUGAAGACGGUGAUGAGGAGGGCAUGCACCCCCACCGCCACCAUCAUGUCCACUGCAGCGGCUCGGGGGACCCCGGCUCAUCGGCCGCCAGCGUCACCAUCACCCGCAGCUACCGCAGUCUCGGGGGCACUGGCGGGAGCACCAGUGGCCUGGGUGAAAGUCUGGUGACCAGGUCCUACAUCCUGGGGAACGCCAGCCCACGCAGGCAGGCUCCCCAAAAAGAAAAGAUGACAUUUAUCUGGUCGCUGCCCCGGGACGAGAGCGUGACAAACCAGAAACCAGUCACCUAUGGGAGCGUGGGAGCCCAUCCAUGCAUCAUCCUUGGCACCCGCACUCCCACCGCGAUGCCCGCCCGCGCCCUCUGCCUGCUGUGGGGCCUGGCAAUCUCCACCGUGGCCCUCGGCCCUGAUCCAGCACCUCGUGUUGCCUUCCAGUGGGGAGUAUCUGAGCAGCUCGAAGGCAGUGACUCAGACUGUCAGUGGGAGCCGCAGGACGUCGAGACCUGA